AUGUCAGUUUGCCCCCCGGGAACAUUUCCAGACUACCCGGUGCUGGCUAGAGACGAUGAGGAAGAGAUAGUUUUGGUUGCAGCGAAUGAGGAGACAGUUGAGCAUUAUGGUGAGGUCAGGCCAAUUGUGAUGACGUCGGAAGGUCACUUGAGAGAGAUGGUGUUUCAGGUGGCGGCAGUUGGCAAGGUGUUGACAUCAGCAGCUCAGAUUUGCAACCGAGGGCAUCGGAUUGUCUUGGAGUCGGAGGGUGAGCGCAGUUACAUUGAAGACAAGGAGACGGGUGAUACAUUCAAUUUGUAUCAAGAGGGUGCAGUUUUCAAUUUGUAUCUUCAUGUGAUCCCGUAUGCCGAGACCACGGGCGUAAGGCCCCGCUAUGAGUUGCAUGCAUUGGAUGAGGAGCCACAAGAGUUGAGAGAUUCGGGUUCCCAUCCUGAAUUCGAUGAUGGUGUGAGUGAUCGCAGUGACCUAUAUCAAGGCCACACUAGAGUUCCUGAGUUGCCACUUCCGGACGACUAUGAGCAGUAUGAGCCGAGUGAAGGAGACUUGGACGUU